UUAGAGCAGGUAACAAGCGUCGAAGAUCUUGCGGCGACACAAAUCACAAUGAAGGCGACGGAGAACUUGGUCAGUGGGGAUUCGAUACGCCGGAGGUUCAUUGAUUUCUAUGCUUCCCGUGGCCAUAAGGUUCUGCCAAGUUCUUCCCUUGUUUCCGAUGAUCCUACAGUACUUCUUACGAUCGCAGGGAUGCUUCAGUUUAAGCCCAUAUUCCUGGGAAAGGUUCCAAGAGAGGUCCCUCGAGCAACAACUGCACAGAAGUGCAUUCGCACAAACGACGUCGAGAAUGUUGGACGAACGAGCCGGCAUCAUACGUUCUUCGAGAUGCUUGGGAACUUCAGCUUUGGAGAUUACUUCAAGCGAGAAGCGAUUAGAUGGGCAUGGGAGCUUUCAAUAGAGGAAUUUGGGCUUCCAGCUGACAGAGUGUGGAUUAGCGUAUAUGAGGAGGAUGAUGAAGCUUUCAAGAUAUGGCAUGAAGAGGUGGGCGUUCCUGUUGAGAGAAUAAAAAGGAUGGGUGAAGAAGACAACUUUUGGACCAGUGGAGCUACAGGUCCUUGUGGACCAUGUUCUGAGCUUUACUAUGAUUUCCAUCCUGAAAGGGGUGUCGACGAAGCGGAUCUCGAGGAUGACAGUAGGUUCUUAGAGUUCUACAAUCUAGUGUUCAUGCAGUACAACAGAAAGGAUGAUGGAUCACUUGAACCUUUGAAGCAGCAAAACAUAGAUACUGGGCUUGGUCUAGAGCGGUUAGCUCGCAUACUCCAAAAGGUUCCCAACAAUUAUGAGACUGAUUUGGUCUAUCCAAUCAUCCAAAAGGCCUCAGAAUUGGCAGCUGUUUCGUACCAUGAUGCAGACGAUAAGAAGAAAGUGCAACUUAAAAUCAUAGGAGAUCAUACACGUGCAAUCGUGUACCUAUUAUCAGAUGGAGUUCUUCCUUCAAAUGUUGGCAGGGGCUAUGUCGUUCGACAACUUAUACGAAGGGCAGUUCGAACUGGAUGGUUACUUGGUAUAAAGGGGAAUUGUAAAGGUAACAUCGAAGGAGCAUUCUUACCAACCAUUGCUCAAACAGUUAUAGAAAUGAGCACUGCUAUUGAUCCUGAAGUGAAGGCGAGGGCAUCUCGUAUUAUUGGCGAGUUGCAAAGGGAAGAGCUUCGUUUUGUACAGACUCUAGAGAGAGGAGAGAAGUUGCUUGAACUAAAGUUAGCAGAAGCACUAUCAUGUGCCAAACAAAGUGAAAGAUCCCCCUGCUUGUUGGGAAAUGACGUGUUUCUCCUAUAUGCCACAUAUGGAUAUCCAGUUGAGAUCACAACUGAAGUUGCUAUAGAAAAAGGGGUAGAGAUAGACAGGGAAGGUUUCGAUGUUGAGAUGGAGGAGCACAGGCGUCAAUCUCAGGCGAAUCACAACAUUGUUAAACUUGAUGUUGAAAAUGGUGGGGAUCUUGCUGAAAAGGUUGCUGAUACAGAAUUUUUGGGAUAUGAUACCCUUUCAACGAAGGCAAUGGUCCAAAGCCUAUUCGUAAAUGGGAAACCAGUGUUGCAGGUUUCUGAAGGAAAUGAAGUAGAAAUCUUGCUGGACAAGACACCGUUUUAUGCCGAGUCAGGUGGUCAAAUCGGAGAUCAGGGCUAUCUCUAUGUUACAGGAGACCAAAGCGAAUGGACAGCAGUUGUGCAGAUCCAAGAUGUUAAAAAAUCUCUCGGCAGUGUGUUUGUUCACAAGGGCACCAUUAAAGAAGGAGUCUUGGAGGUUGGCAAAGAAGUGGAAGCCACUGUAGAUCCAAAGUUGAGGCAGCGAGCUAAGGUUCACCAUACUGCCACUCACUUGCUACAAUCUGCACUCAAGAAGGUUAUUGGUGAGGAGACAUCACAAGCUGGUUCAUUGGUGGCUUUUGAUCGUCUCCGAUUUGAUUUCCACUUUCACCGGCCACUGGUUAAUGGUGAGCUGGACGAAAUCGAAAGAUUGAUAAACGGAUGGAUUGGUGAUGCAAUACUACUUCAAACUAAGGUCUUGCCCAUGACUGAUGCUAAAAUGGCAGGGGCCAUUGCCAUGUUUGGAGAAAAAUACGGAGAGGAGGUGCGUGUUGUGGAGGUUCCUGGUGUAUCAAUGGAACUUUGUGGUGGAACCCAUGUCAACAGUACUUCUGAAAUUCGUGCAUUCAAGAUAAUAUCAGAGCAAGGGAUUGCAUCUGGAAUCAGGCGAAUCGAGGCUGUUGCAGGUGAAGCAUACAUCGAGUAUACUAAUGGAAGAGAUUCCCAAUUGAGACGACUCGGUUCCACUCUCAACGUGAAAGCGGAUGAUGUUACAACCAGGGUAGAUAAAUUGUUAAAGGAGCUACAAGCAGCAAGAAAUGAAGUAUCAGCAUUGCGUGUAAAAGCUGCACUGUAUCAAGCAUCCGUAGUUUCCAGCAAUGUGGUCUCUAUAGAAGCUUCAACUCCAAUUAGGGUUCUAGUCGAGAACAUGGAUGAUGUGGAUGCAGACUCGCUCAAAGUUGCAGCAGAAUAUUUAGUGGAAAAGCUGCAAGAUCCAGCAGCUGUGGUUCUGGGGUCUGCUCCGGAUGAAGGGAAGGUGAGCCUGGUGGCUGCAUUCUCUCCAGGAGUUGUCAAAUUGGGUGUUCAGGCAGGGAAGUUCAUAGGGCCUAUGGCAAAACUAUGUGGUGGUGGAGGAGGUGGACGGCCUAACUUUGCUCAGGCUGGAGGGAGGAAGCCCGAGAAUCUGUCGAGUGCAUUGGAGAAAUCUCGAACAGAUCUUCUGUCAGUUCUUACAGAAAAGAUAAUUGUCAAUGGCAAUUGUUCAGCUGCAGUUCCAACUUCCAACCAUGGUUGUGCUGGUCUUUAUUGAGAAAGAUCUCUGUGAUUUUUUCCAUUUUCCACAUGAAUUAUUGAUGCAGGAAGAUGGAAGCUUAAUGCUAAACCAUCUAGACAGAAUCAAUAAGAUGGGCUGUCAAAGCUGCUGUGUGUUUCAAUAGAAUGAAACAUAGUUGAUUCAGGUAGAGAUUCUAGUACUGUUUUUUGUACAUAAUAUUAUGAAUACAAUUCUGAAUACACUGAACAAUCUUCACAAGAUGUAGUGGGCUGUAUGUUAUUUAUUCCUCUGACAUAUUUUCCUUCACAUGGCCUAAUUGAGCCUAGGAUCUCCUGCAAAUCUCUCAAGAGUACCUGUACUUUCUGCAAAAUAAAAUGAUUUGUAUGCACUAUUAGAUCUUUUAGAAGGUGAAACGAAAUGUCGUGUUCGAAAGAUAUAUUGGUGAAAUAGUAAAUUCGAAUAUGUGUCCUCACUCGACUACGUCUGAUGAAAAGGAAAAAAAGAAGUGGCAGUUUGGUAUGGUGGAGAUCCAAUGGAUGAUAUGGUAGAAUGUGCUUUAGAAAGGAAAGGAAGGCCCACUGAGAGUUUACUACUCCUUGAAGAAAAGGCAGUGGCAUGGUAGGUUUAGGAUGGCAAAGUGGUGGAAAUGGAAGACAGAAGGAAUUCCAUUUAAAUUAUAGACUGCCUAAUAAAACCAAAGGUAGGAGAAUUAACACUUGAAUCAUGACAAUCAUACAAAAACAUACCACUUUUGUAUCUACUUUGCUAUCACGCUUUAAUCAGAGGGCAGAGGCAGAGGUUAACGUGAACCGACAUUAUUUAUGUAUUAAUAUAUUCACGAUCUCUAUUGUAGAAUUCAGAUGUUCGCCUAUAACAAUAAAGAUGUCAUUGCAUAUAUUCAACAUUGACUCAGAUGUUAGUCAUAUAAUUUGUCGGUAUCCGUUUGUGUCGACGCCUACCCUUAUCAGCCUAUACGAGAAAAUUGAUGGGUGGGGGACAAAUGACAAUGCUUGCUGGAACCAAACGUUGUCGUUUUGUUCUUACUUCUUUUGUUCUUCUUUUUUCAACCCUUACCCACUUAGGUUUUGUCACAAAUCUUCUUCUGGCAGUCUAGAGGGGACCAUUAAUAAUCAAAUAUAGCAUCUAAUUAUUGGGGUUGCUAGCUCUUUGUAUUGUUAUUAUCCACAACUAAUCGGUGGCUCUAGUUAAUUAGUAGCCAUCUUAAUCACAUCUUUUUAACUAACUAAAAAUCAUUAUUGUUAUUAUUGGACUCUUCAACCACUCCACCCUCCAGCUAUCGGUUCACUGUACUCCAAAUCUAAAACAAAGCUUUUGGGAUGAUUUAUUUAACAACAAUGUUCACCAAUUAAUUAUUAUUGAGCUCAAUCAACGAUUUUUUUUUAAUAUAUAUUCAUAUGGAUUCGCUUACAAUUUCAUCAAUCAGUCGAUACAAACGUUAAAAUUAUUAUCAUAAUUGUUAUUAUAUUAUAAUAGUGCAUGCUCUGAAUUUCAAGAUUCUUUCCACUCCGAUACAUAUAUAAAAUUCGCGCCUUAAUAUCUAAUGUUCGUACUUAUAGAACAGGGGCUAUCUUCAGCUCUCUUCUCCGAAAUUUACGUUUAAUUGUAGAAAAAGGCUACAUCGUGUUAUUUUCUGCCCUCGCUCUCACUUUAAAUCUUGACUUCGCCACAGUUAGCUGAUGAAAAGGGGCAUGAAUGGUGGGCUAUAUAUUAAGCAUAUGAUCCUUUUCUCAUUCUAAAACUCUGAAUUUUACUAGUAAUUAUUUUCACGAACAAUCAUAACACACGAGGAUUGUUAUCAUCAUCUAUUUGUGGGAACGGACUGUGUACAGCUGCGGAUGUGGGUUUUGACUAGCAAGAUAUAUAGGAAGAUCGCCAUCCAGUGUACAAACAGUCGGCACAAUUCCAGCUCACUCGACAGCCAACCAAAAACUAUAUAUGAUGCCAGUUGCCAGUAUACGGUUCGGUCCGGUUCAAUUGGCCCAAAUUGAUCCAGUCCAGUCCCGUUUUUUUGAAAAUAUAAGGAUCAAAGAUUGGAUUGGAUACAGUCCGGUCUUGAUCCGGUCCGGUCCCAACUCGGUCUUUGAUUUUAUAUUGAGCUUGUGGGGAUUUGAGUGGCCUAAGGCCUGAAAGGGUGAGGAGUUGGUUAAGUUUUGUACUAAGUGCAAUGGUUUGUGACCGUUUAUGCAAAUUACCCAUAAGUUUUGGGUGUUGAGCUCUCUUAUCCGGUCUUUAUCCAGUUUACGAUCCGGUCUCGAACGGUUUUUUUACCUCAAAUCUAAGCCAAAAAUUGGAUUGGAUUGUUUACUAUUAGGUCCCGAUCCGGUCUCGGUCCGAAUUAUACGGUCCGAUUUCGGAUUAAACCAAAAAACCCGGACCAAAUAGCCAGCCCUAGCCAGCCUGCAUGCUGUGACAAAAGAUAUGGGCGAUUCUGUUAUGGCUAUUACGUGGGAAAAUGACACCAUUGGCUGCCAUGCAAAUGGGCUAUAAGAGAAAGAAUGACCUGUGUUCCUUGUUUAUGUGCAGAUAUGAAUAUGAUCUGUAGUCAGCUAGAUUAGAUAGAGAGAAAGGGAAGCAAGGAAAGCGUGAACAAAGAGAGAAAGGGAAACAAGGAAGGAAGGUAGAAGAAGAAAGAAGAAGAACAAGUGAGGACUUGGAAGUCCAACAUCUUCUCAUUCAUGAAUCAUAAAUCAUCCCAGUAAUCAAAAUAGUACCGAAUAUUUUUACCUGUGUACGCGGUUUGGGGAGAAAAUCUUAUUUGCGUUCGGACAGUCGAAUGUAAAGUUCUUUAUAUAACCAGAGGUCGAAUCGUGGUUCGGACGACCUGGCCUCGUCGAAGCGCAAGGGGAAAUGUCAGUUUUUGACCCUUCAUUUUAUUUCUAUAGGUCUCGCUAAAGUGAAAUUGUUAUGGGUAUCGAGCUAUACAAAAGAAAUAAUAAUAAAAAAAUUACAGUGGAAUUAUUUUAAGAACGGACAUUUUUAUCGCUCAAACCGAGGUUCGACUGUGAUUCACGAUAUUUGGAUGCAAAAUUUAACAAAAAAUAAUAAUAAGAAGAAAUUGAUACUUAAUAAUUUUUUUUCUUUGAAGUAGAAACUAGAAAGUCAUGAUUGAUGUAAAAAAGUUUUUAAGGAAAUACAUGUUUGAAUAUUAUACUUAUAUAUGUUAUAAACCUAACUUGAAUGAUCAUGUUUGUAAGUACCGAGAUGAAAUCUAAUCUCACAUUGGUAAAGACUGAAAAAAAAAACGGUACAAUCGAGAUUCUCUGCCAUGAUCAAAAGUCGAUCCACGAAUUCUAGUGCCCCAAACCCAAAAAGCUAAUAUUAAAGCUUACCGACUUAGUCACCCCAAGAACAAUAAAGUAAAGUGGAGAGUGAGUGAGUGAGUGUAAGUGCCGACGUAUUUACGCGUGGUGGAAUUAUGGGCUGCCUGGUGGCUGCCUCUCACUCUGUUUCUGCUCUCUGUUUUUCUCACUCGGCAAAACAGAGUCGGUGAGAAAGUGCUGUUGGAGGCUCUGCUCUGCUCUGCUCUCUCUCCACUCAACACAAACCACUUUCCUCGAUUCCUCUUUACAUUCUCUCGCCGCGUUUGUGUCACAUUCUUGUCGGUUUCACUUUCAAUUGUUUAUUGUGAUUGACUAAAUUAUAUAUUCAAGCCUUUUUAAGUUCAUGGAAUGGAAAUAUUCUUGAUGUGAUAUUAGAGUUGUUUUUGUUAAAAUGAAUUCGUAUAUGAUGGACAGAUUAGUCAUGGGUUUUGAAAGAUUAGUAAUGGGUCGUGACUGAUAAGGUAAUUAAUUGAUGAAAUGAGUUGUAAAUGAUAAUUUACGGAAUAUGUUACGUUGAUGAUGGGUGGGGUUGAUAGAUGUAAAAACUUAUGGGUAAAAAAAAUGAAUAUUUUGAUAAAUUUAUGGGGAUAUACAUAAUCGACGAAAUUGAAGUACCUAGAUCAAAUUUUUGUGAAAAAGUGUUAGAAUCUUGUAAAUAUCUUUAAUUGUAUUAUAUAAAGCCUAACGAUCGACUAAUAGUUUCCAUAGGCUGAUGAAUUCUAGGAAACGAUUAGAGAUAAAUAGUAAAUGAAUGUAAAACGGCGGGUAUGCAAGAAAGUUUCUUUCUUGAUAACUAUUUGGCGUAAACUUAAUCUACAAAUCAUUUUUUUACAGUUUUUCCAUGACAAUGGGAUACAAUUUUAUGUGUGGAAUUCAGCAAGUCUUGUGCUAUUACUAUGGUGAAUUCGUGUGGAUUUUAACAUUUUAUUCAAUGAAGGUACUCUCAUUCGAAAGACCAAUAGAAAAGGGAUAAUGUGAGAUUUUUAAUUUGCUCUUAUCUCAAGAGAGAGAUCAACUGUUAUACAAACCACCACAAAAGUGAUUGAUCUUUUCGCAUUAUUUUGCUUUCCUGAAAUCAAUGCUUCACAUCUCUCUGUCUCUCUCUAACCCCCCCACCCUGCCAACUUUCUCUCUCUAUCCAGCUCAUUCCCUUACGUGUUGUCAUCUUCUUCCCUAUAUAAACCAAAUUCCUCUGCCUUCCAUUUAACCUUCACCACAACUUGACUUCUCCUCUCAGCCUUUGAAAGAAAUCCUCCCACAGCAAAAGAACAGAAAUCCAAACAUGCCGCCGUUGUCAUUACUCCCCUUUCUGCUGAUCUCGCUUGUCUCCUCCGCAACCGCCUGCGACCGCUGCCUCCACUCCACCAAAGUCGCCUACUUCUCCAAGGCAUCCGCGCUUUCAAGUAAAUCCCCUGUUUUUUGCUUCCUCCCUCCCCUGUUUUUUCUUCUUCGCUUCUUUUCAAUCCCGUUCUUCCCUUUUCGUUGAUCAAAAUGAAGUUUUGGACAAGACCCUGUUAAUUUUUUGCGGAGACCAAUGAUGGGUAUUGAUUUUUAUCUCGUUUGCCGCAGAUGGUGCUUGUGGGUAUGGAUCCAUGGCGAUCGGUUUCAACACCGGACAACUCGCAGCAGCUGCCCCUUCUAUCUACAAAAAUGGAGCUGGUUGCGGCGCUUGUUUCCAGGUACAAUAAUCUCUCUGAACUCGAAAAAAAGCUUCCUUCUUUGCCACAAAUACGUCUAACAAUCGUCACGUUACCACUAGUCCAAUUGUAACUGUCAGAUACUAAAUUGCCUGAAAAAAAACGUUUUGGGUUCCUUUCUUGAAAUAGAUUAGAUGCAAGAACCCAGGGCUAUGCAGCAGCAGGGGAACCACAGUCAUGGUGACCGACCUCAACACC